CAAAUGUCGCCUUCAGGGACUGUUGGGAAUACUGCGCUUGUGGGUAAUAUUUACAGUUUACGGUUUGUGGACGUUUUAGUAAACACACUAUAUAGAAACCUUGUAUGGAGCAGCAUCGGCUCGACGUUUUGCGCGUAUUACAAAGUAUUUGAUCGGUGAGGUAACAAAAUGUGCCCGGCUGACAUAAGGCUUAAGCAGAUAGUGCAGUGAUACUGAGGUUACUGUGCCUUAAAAUCCAAGCUUUCUGUUUUUCUAUUAUGACCCUUGUGUUGUCUGCAGAUUACAGUAUACAGUCUGUGGUUUACGGCAUGAUUCAAAAGUUGUACUGGUGUAUUUGUGUUCCAGCCGUCUGAAAAAAAAGAGAGUUACAGACAGAUUUGUCUAUAAUGUCGGCUGGUAGGAAAUGUCAGGGCGACAAUCUUAUCCGCUCACAAGAGCUCCACCAUAGAAGAUAAGAUCAGCUUUUACGACUCCUGGGCAGAGGACUAUGAACAGGAUCUGGUUCUUCUUGACUACCGUGCACCAGGUCUGGCAGCAAACAUGAUCUCCUCUCAUUACAGCGGUGACCGUGAAGCAGCUCUCAUGUUGGAUGUGGCCUGUGGUUCAGGACUGAUGGCCAAACAGAUGAAGAAACUGGGAUUUGGACAUUUUGUGGGAGUUGAUGGAAGCAAGAGUAUGAUAAAGGUGGCUGAACAGAGUGAGCUCUACCAGGACCUGAAGCAGUGUAUGCUUGGAGAGGAGCCUCUACCUGUCCAGUGGGCUGGUUUGUUUGACAUAGUUGUGAUCACUGGAGCACUCAGUGUUGGUCAGGUCCCUGUUAGUGUAGUCAGAGAGCUGUGCAGGUCCACCAAACAAGGUGGCUACAUUUGCAUGACCACCAGAAGUAACCAUGACAAUCUGGUCUACAAAGCAGCUCUGGAGUGUGAGCUAGAGCAAAUGGAAGAACAGGGGCUCUGGUCUUCUGUUGAGGUCACUGAGGUGGACAAAUGGGAGAGAGGGGUGUCAGACAAGGAGGAUGGUUAUAUACCUGGCGCUGUGUAUCUCUAUAAGAAACUAUAGGAAUAUUUAGGACAAUGUCAUAUUCCAAUUACUGCAUAAUACACUUUAAAAAGAGUCUGGAUUUCUGAUGUUGAAUAAAUGUUUCAGUUCCAUGUUAAAGAACAUACAUUCUACAUGCUAAACCAUUUAGCAACAACCAUUUCCCCUUCUUGACAACCACUUCAAUUUGAUACAGAUGCACAGUAACUUUCCUAAUACAAGAAUAACAACACAAUCCAGAGAAUCGAGUAAUAAAUGAAGGUGCAACCUUUGUGUGUUGGCUGUGUGUCUGUUGUAAAUUCAUAUCUGCAAUGAUGAAACAAAUGGGCUUUUUAAUGUGUUGAUGGAAAAAGUCAACUUUUUGUUAGAUUACAUUACAUUCAUUAGAAAACAUCACAUCAGAGCUCUGGUGAAGAACGUUUGUGUUGAUUUUGGCAACCACUGUGGCUGUUUCUGCAGCAGGUUAAUAAGUGCCCUGUAUGACACCUACACAGUAGAAAGCAAUAACAAAAUCUUAAAAAUAACUGUGAGGACAUGAUCAAACUUGUUGCUGAUAGUUUGAUUUGCAGUUUUAGCUCAUUUGGAGGCAAUGUUUUCAAUUUCAGUCUCUGAAUCAGAAUUGUUUUUUAUUGCCAAGUAUAUACAAGGAAUUAGACUUGGUGUACAAACAAAUGUACAAACAUAUUUGUCUUCAUGCUAAUCUCAUUUAACUCUUGAGAAAGGAAUGGAAAAAAAAGGCAUCCAUACCUUUAAAUUGGGCGGCAGUAGCUCAGUCUUUAGGGACUUGGGUUGAGAAGAACUAGUUCAAGUACAUUGUGGACUGAGUCUGGAAUGUGUCUGGUUGCUGGAAAGGUGCCAGUUCACUUCCUGAGCACUGCAGAGGUGCCCUUGAGCAAGGCAAUACACCCCCAACUACUUGGGCACUCUUUCAUGUGCAGCCCCCUCACUCCAUUAGUGCAUGUCCAUUAGAUCCUGUUUGUACAUGUGUGUGUAUUGUAGCCUAUGUGUGUGUAGCAUGUCUCAAUAACAAAGUGUAAAAGUCAUUUCACCUCAUGGGAUUAAUAAAGGAUAUCUUCUUCUUAUAAUA